AUGAAGAGGCUGCAGAAUAAAAGGGUUUUUAUUGUCCUUGAUAAUGUGGAUAGUGACGAGCAAAUGACGACAUUAGCAGGGGAUUGGAAAUGGUUUGGUCCUGGGAGUAGGGUGAUUAUAACAUGCAGAGAUAGUCAUCUGUUGAUAAGAAAUAAAGUGAAUGAUAUCUAUAAGGUUGAGCAGCUCGAAACAACAAAAGCUUUGCAACUCUUUAGUUUGUCAGCCUUCGACAAAACCCAUCCUCCAAAGAAUUACAUGGAUCUAUCUAUGGAUUUUGUGAGGUAUGCUCAAGGCCUUCCUUUAGCUCUUAAAGUUUUGGGACGUCAUGUCUUAUUUGGGAGAACAAAUAUAGAUACAUGGAAAAGUGUUAGGAAUCAACUAGAAGCAAUUCCUAAUAAAAAAAUUAUGGAUGUACUUCAAAUAAGUUUGGAUGGGCUGCAGGAAAUGCAAAAAGAGUUAUUUUUAGAUAUGGCGUGUUUUUUCCGAGGACAGCAUUGGGUGCAUUACAACUUUUUUGAGGUGUUAGAAAGUUUUGGUCAUUAUCACAUCGACAUUGACGUUCUCGUUGAGAAUUCCCUCAUAAGCAAAUCAAAAUAUGGAUUGUUGUCGAUGCAUGAUUUGCUAAAAGAACUGGGCCGGGAAAUAGUUCGCCGUAAAUGCCCUGAUGAAUCUGGAAAAUGUAGUAGACUGUUUUGUUGGGAGGAUCUCUGUCAUGUACUGAAGAAUGAUACUGGAACUAAUGCAACUAAAGGCAUAGUCGUGAAUUUUUGUCCUGAAACGAAAGAGAGACUCAACGCCAAAGCAUUUUCAAAGAUGACAAAAUUGAGAUAUGUUAAAUUUCAUCAUUCUCAAACUUUAAAAUGGCGUGGAAACCCUUUAAAAUACAUGCCAACCAAUGAGUUGCGAUACCUAGAGUGGUCUGGAUAUCCUUUGAAAUCUUGGCCGAGCAGUUUCCAACCAAAAAAUCUUACUGUACUAAGAAUGUCUGGCAGCCGCAUCAAACAACUAUGGAAGGGGUCGAUAGUUUUAGACAAUCUAAAAGAAUUUGAUGUGAGUUUUUCUAAGAAUUUGAUUGAAACACCAGAUUUGACAAAAGCCCCAAAUCUUGAGAAAAUAAACCUGAAAGGUUGUAAAAGCUUGUGUGAGGUCCACCCAUCCAUCGGAAGUCGCAAACGAUUAAAGAAUUUGCAACUUCACAAAUGUUCAAGCCUUGAGAAGUUGCCAGAACUGAGACGCAAGUUGAUGAGAGAUCCCACCUAUGAUAUCGAAUCACUUGUAGAAUAUCAGAUGGAAGGAAAAUUUUCAACAGAUGUAGUGUGCAUUGAUUUUGAUAGCAAAGGAGAAAAAAUUUUAGACAUGGCAGGUGGAAUUGUUGGGAAAUUAUAUGGCAAUGUGAUGAUAAGUGGGUGGUCGUUGGGAUUCAAUAUCCCGAAGUGGGUCCGGUAUAAAAGUAAUGGCUCCUCUGUAACGAUAGAUUUGGAUGGUAUUACGAAUCCGGAGAUGGGGUGUGCUUUCUUUAUUGUUUGUGAUUCUGAUAAAUUCUUUUCCCUUGAUGAAGAAGCUUCAAUUUCUUCGUUAUUUAAGGAAUGGGAUUAUCAUUUUUCAUCGGUGAGUCCUAAAUUAUCCUUUGAGAGGGAUGAAGAAGAAUGUCGGGAGGAAUGUUCUUUUGAAUACUUUUUAAUUCCUCGUCUCUUGGACGACUGUUUAAUUAAGACAAUUGGAUUUUGGGUGUAUAUACCGGUGAUUUUGCAGUUUUUGCGAGUUUUGGAUAUACGGAGGAGGCUCAUAAAGAUUUCAUUUGAAACAGGCCGUUAUGAGAAUGGUUCUGUGAAAUUCAAUGAAGCGAAAGAAUGCGGGGUGCAUUUAGUAUGUCCAGAUGAUGGUGCUAAUUCUGAGUUCUUUAAUAGCAUUGCUCCUUUUCGCCACUCGGGAUCUUCAAAUUCAUAUUCAAAUUCAGAUUUCCAUCGUCGAUAUAGCUGUGCAAUAUAUGAAAAAACAGAGGAAGCACCAUGGCCGGAUGUCAUGAUUAGGCGAGUGAACCAACAUGCACCAACUUAA